AAAAGCGCCGCAAUGGGACCUAGCCUACGGUCAGCCGCCAUAGCGCUACUGACGUCUACUGCUGGCGCCGCCGCACAGGCGUGUGACCUGCCGUCGUCGUAUACCUGGACGUCGAGCGAGGCGCUCGCCACCCCGUCAUCCGGAUGGGUCUCUCUCAAAGACUUCACCGUCGCGCCCUACAACGGGCAGCACCUCGUCUAUGCCACCACGCACGACAACGGGUCGAAAUGGGGUUCCAUGAACUUCGACCCCUUCGACGACUUCUCCGCCAUGUCCACCGUCGCGCAGCACGGCAUGUCCUCGGGCACCGUCGCGCCCACGCUCUUCCACUUCGCGCCCAAGGACGUCUGGGUGCUCGCCUAUCAGUGGGGCGCGACCGCCUUCUCUUACCGCACGUCGAGCGACCCGGCGGACGCGAACAGCUGGUCGGGCGCGCAGCCGCUCUUCAACGGUAGCAUCAGUGACUCGAGCACAGGACCCAUCGAUCAGACGGUCAUCGGCGACGACACGACGAUGUACCUGUUCUUCUGCGGGGAUAAUGGGAAGAUCUACCGCGCGAGCAUGCCUAUUGGCGAUUUCCCGGGGAACUUCGGCGCGCAGUACGAGACCAUCCUGAGCGAUACGAAGAACAACCUUUUCGAGGCCGUGCAGGUGUACUCGCUGAAGGGGCAGAAGAAGUACCUGAUGACCGUCGAGUCCAUCGGCUCGCAGGGGCGGUACUUCCGUUCUUAUACGGCCACCGACCUGGGUGGGGAGUGGACGCCGCAGGCAACGAGCGAGUCUACUCCCUUCGCCGGGAAAGCGAACAGUGGGGCGAGCUGGACGAAUGAUAUCAGCCAUGGGGAGUUGAUUCGCGACAGUGCCGACCAGACCUUCACCAUCGAUCCAUGCCAGCCCCUGCAGCUGCUGUACCAGGGUCGCGACCCCAGCUCCGGAGGCGACUACGGUCUCUUGCCUUACCGACCCGGCUUGCUUACCCAGGCGUGAAAUAGGACUUCA